GGACAGACGUGUUCCGAUUUCCGGUAGGAAAAGGGCAGGUGUUUGUAAAAUAUCAGGAAAUGCGUUCGGAACUCUUAGAGUUCCGCAAUAGAUAUUAGUUAUGCCUACUAGGAUAUGUGUGCUGUUUGGGCUUCUGUGCCUCGCAAGCUUAUGCUGCGGUAGUAACAAGCCAGGAGAGGUGCUCCUGGUUAUCGCCUGUCCCCCGCAUCCUCAGCAGGCCAGAAGUGAUUGUUUAGCCUUAUCGCACAACGUGCUGGAGCAGCAACGGGCACUGGAACUGGCGGGGAUCUUCCCCGAGGACUUUGUCCUGAAGGUCCAUGUGAUGCAUGAGCUCUUUAACUCCUGGACCAUGCUGGACGCACUGCCUCAUCUAAGAGCCCAGGCACGUGUGCUGGGUGCGCGCACGGAAUGGAUUAUAUGGUGUCAACACAACACGCGUGUGUCUUCGUUGCGCGGCCUGCUCGAGCAACUGCGUCGCCAGAACCCAAGGGAGCUAGCUUUCUAUGGGCACGCCCUUUACGAUGCGGAGGCAACCAUCAUCCACCACUUCUCGAACUACAAGGAUCCCCAGCGGUUUCCAUAUCCCAUGCUCAGUGCCGGAGUCGUUUUCACUGGUGCUCUGUUGCGAAGGUUGGCGGAUCUGGUUGCUCCUAGUGGCCAAAACAUCACCGUUCACAGCGAUUUCUCCAUUGAUGCCUCUCACGAGCUGGCUCGCUUUAUUUUCGACAAUGUAUCGCCCGACCCGCAUAUUAGCACCCCGAUUUCCGGAGGAAUCCUGCUGAAAAGUGCCAGCUACAUAUGUUCCACACCCACGUCCGUGCCAAACAGGAAACUGCCUUGUCUGCUGCAUGCGCAGCCGGAGGAGCCACUGACUUUGGGGCAGCGGAGAAAUGGCUGUGAGCACACAACAGGAUCGCAUAUAUACUUCGCCAUCAAAACCUGUGCGAAAUUCCACAAGGAACGCAUACCAAUCAUCGAGCGCACCUGGGCAGCCGACGCCCGGAACAGGAGAUACUACAGCGAUGUGGCAGACGUCGGCAUUCCGGCAAUCGGCACUGGGAUACCCAAUGUGCAGACUGGACACUGUGCCAAGACAAUGGCCAUUCUGCAAUUAUCCCUCAAGGACAUCGGCAAGCAAUUGGACAUCCGCUGGCUUAUGCUCGUCGAUGAUGACACGCUGCUGAGCCUUCAUUUGAUUCACACCCAUUUGCCCACCAGUGUGCCACGCGUGAGCGCCCUCCUCUGCCGCCACAAUGCCACGGAGCUGGUGUACCUGGGCCAGCGCUAUGGCUACCGGCUACACGCUCCCGACGGCUUCAACUACCACACUGGAGGAGCCGGCAUCGUGCUCAGCCUGCCGCUGGUGCGGCUCAUCGUGCAGCGCUGCAGUUGUCCCAGUGCCAGUGCCCCCGACGACAUGAUCCUGGGCUACUGCCUCCAAGCGCUGGGCGUGCCGGCGAUACACGUUGCCGGAAUGCAUCAGGCUAGGCCGCAGGACUAUGCCGGCGAACUGCUGCAACUGCAUGCGCCGCUGACCUUCCACAAGUUCUGGAACACGGAUCCGGAGCACACCUACCGCCGCUGGCUCGGUGGCAGCAUGGUCAACCGAAGUGCCCCGCUGGCAGCACACAAGGAGCAGCCCGCUGCCGGACCACUCCACAUGACGAUGGGGCGACAUUCCUUGGCCGCAGGCGUUGGAUUGCUGCAGCAAACGGGACUGGGCAAGCACCUGGAUCUCUGAGCCGCUCUGAGUUUAAUGACUAGACACAUCCAAUGCAGUGCGGCACACUUAAAAUUUAUUUGUAAAAAUUCUUGAAAAUUAAAGAGAAAUAU